AAGAACACGAAGAUUUUUGUAUUGACCAAGACACUGAACAUAAUAGGUACCAUCAGCUGUCAGUCUCGUCUGGUUGAAGGGGAGCGCUACAUGUGUUGCGAUGGAAGAGACGGCGAGGAGCUGUCUGUUGCGCUCCAGGCCCACUCUGGAACAAGACAUCAAGGCCUCCUACCUAAUGGAUCACAUGAUCAGUGACGGGGUCAUUACAGUGGAUGAGGAAGAUCGGAUCCUUAGCAAGCCCACUAGAAAGGACCAAGCAGCAGCCUUGUUGGAACUGCUCCUGCGGAAGGACAACAGGGCCUACAUCUCCUUCUACAAUGCUCUUGUUCGGGAGAGCUAUGGAGACCUGGCCAACUUGCUCCAUGGAGACCUGCCUGUCCUCUCUCCCGAGGGAGAGAAAAGUUUCUCAGAUGGGGUUUCUUCUUUUGUAUCUCAGAUUCUGAGUGAAGGUGGUGUGCCCCAGAGACCUGUGGUGUUUGUGAGUCGGUUAACCCUCCUGAACAGCGUCAGAGAGAAGCUGUAUCGGCUGCAGAAGUCUCCGGGCUGGGUGACUGUGUUUGGCAUGGCUGGAUCAGGCAAAUCUGUUUUGGCUGCUGAAGCUGUGAGAAAUGAGAAUAUCAUUAAAGAGUGUUUCCCAGAUGGAGUACACUGGUUCUCAGUUGGUCAGCUGGAGAAGGCAGACUUGCUAGUGAGGAUGCAGUCUCUGUGUUUUCGUCUGGAGCAGAGUCAGACCUCAGAGUCCUCUCAGAGACCACCUAACUCCAUUGAGGAGGCAAAGGAGCGCCUGCGCUUUCUCAUACUGCGCCGGUACCCGCGCUCCCUCCUGAUUCUGGACGACGUCUGGGACAGCUCAAUUUUGAGGGCUUUUGACAUUCAAUGUCGGAUCCUCCUGACCACCAGGAACAGGAGCCUAACGGACUCUGUGAGCGGUCAAAAGUUUGAAGUGGCUGUUGAAAGCGGUCUGGGUGAGGACAAAGCUCUGGAGGUUUUGGCCCUAUAUGUGAAUGUUAAGCCUGAGAGACUUCCAGAACAGGCUCGCAGCAUCAUUAAUGAGUGCAAAGGCUCUCCGCUGGUGGUCUCUCUGGUUGGAGCCCUGCUGCGGGAGUUCCCUGACCGCUGGGACUACUACUUGCGGCAGCUUCAGAAGAAGCAGUUCAGACGUAUCCGUAAGUCCUCCUCAUACGACUACGAGGCCCUAGACCAGGCCAUGGAUGCCAGCCUGCAGGUGCUGCCUGAUGAUCAUAGAGAGCUCUACCAAGACCUGAGUGUGCUACAGAAGGAUGUCAAAAUACCAGCCAAGAUGCUGGCUGUGGUGUGGGAUUUGGAAGAUGAAGAGGUGGAGGAUGUGCUUCAGGAAUUUGUCAAUAAAUCAUUGCUCUUCAGAGACUGCAACAAGCGGCCUUACCUCUACUACCUCCAUGACCUACAGCUGGACUUCCUCACUGAACAGAACAGGACGCGACUCACGGACCUGCACACCAAGGUGGUCUGUCAGUACCAGAAAUAUUACAAGAAGGGCCCUCCCACUUCUGGCGAUAAGGAAAGUCUUUACUGGUUCCAGUUUCUGACGUAUCAUAUGGCCAAAGCAAGCCUCUCAAAGGAGCUUUGUUCGCUCAUGUUUUCUCUGGAUUGGGUUAGAACAAAGGCCAAGAGAAUGGGCUCUGCUCACCUAAUAAAUGACUAUAUGGAGUACGGCACAAUUCUUGACCAAGAGGGCAGUGAUGUAAGGGCCCAGUUUCAGGAGUUCCUGGCUCUAAAUGGACAUCACUUAGAACAGAGGCCGUUCCCUGACGUGGUGCAGUUGGCUCUGUCCCAGCCCAGUAGCUCUGAAGUCUACCGUCAAGCCAAGCUGCAGGCACUGGAGCUGGCCAGCAGAGGGGCUCUCUACCUGGACUGGGUGAACAAAAGUAGUCUGGAAAAUUUGUCUGCUCUGGUGGUGCAGCCCCACCAGGGCUCCAUCUAUCACGCCUGCUUCUCCAGUGAUGGAAGCAAGAUUGCCUCCUGUGGGGCCAGCAAAACAGUGCGGGUUUUCAAGAGCACUACUGGGGAGAAGCUGCUGGAGAUACAGGCCCAUGAUGAUGAGGUUCUGUGCUGUGCUUUCUCCCCUGACGACAAACUCCUUGCCACCUGCUCCAGUGACAGGAAGGUCAAGGUGUGGAAUGUGGAGCGGUGCCAGUUAAUAAGAGUUUUUGCAGAAGAACAUGAAGAGCAGAUUAAUCAUUGUCGGUUUACCAACACCCGCCAGCGCCUCUUAUUGGCUACCUGCUCCAGUGACAAGUUCCUAAACGCAAAACUGUGGAACCUCAAUAAGCCCAGCUCUCAGAACACCCUGUUUGGACACACUGAACCUGUCAAUCACUGUUGCUUCUCACCCGAUGACGCGUACCUCUCUACUUCAUCCAGUGAUGGCACCGUGAAGUUGUUUAAUGUGUCAUCAGGGAACGAGUGGAAAUCGAUUGAUAUUCACAGUCUGUUUCCGGAGCAAGACGAAGAUGCAGAUGUGAUUGUGAAGUGCAGCACUUGGUCUGCUGACGGCUCACGCAUCAUAUGUGCUGCCAAGAACGCCAUCUUUGUGUUUGAGGUGGAAACAGGGGACAUGCUGUUGGAGAUCAGGACGAGUCGUCUUAGCACAGUGCAGUACUGCCACGCCUGUCCCCGCAGCCAGCUGGUGGCCAUCGCUCUCUCACACUAUGCUGUGGAGCUCUGGGACUUUGAGGCCAAUAAGAAGGUUGCAGACUGCGGUGGUCACCUGAGCUGGGUUCACUGUGUUCAGUUUUCUCCAGAUGGGUCACUUCUCCUCUCUUCUUCUGACGAUCAGACUAUCCGACUGUGGGAGACCCAGAAGGUCCACACGUCCUCUGCCGUGUCACUGAAGAGAGACUCCGACGUGCUUUUCGAUAAUGGCGACAUAAUUGUAGUUGCUGCCGACAACAGAAAUCGAUUGCAGGUGCGGAGUGGGACGACAGGAUCAGUGAUGUUUGAGUCUGAGGAGCUAGAAUCAAGGAUUCGAUGUACCUGCAUCUGCAGACAGCCUCUGACCGUGGCACUGGGUAGAGAGGAUGGACUGGUGCAGGUGUUGGACAUCCCCUCUGGAAAUGUUUUAGUGACACUUUCAGGUCACACCAGAACAGUGCUCCACUGUCAGUUCAGCCAUGAUGGACAAAUGCUCAUCACCUCCUCAGAGGAUACAACUAUCAGGGUAUGGAGAUGGAGAACAGGGGAGUGUCUGGUGCUGGAAGGCCACAGAGAGCAAGUACGACGAUUCCAUUUGCUCACUUCCUCUGUGGUUUCAUCUUCCUCAUCUCCUCUUCUGAUGUCCUGGUCUUUUGAUGGGACUGUCAAGGUGUGGGAUAUGGUCACAGGACAGAAGAUGAAGGACCUCGCAUGUCACGAUGCUACCGUUCUCUCCUGUGACGUCUCUCCUGAUGGACGACUUUUCUCCACGGCGUCAGCCGACAUGACGGUGAAGGUUUGGAGCUGCACGUCAUGGGAAAUGGCGCAUCUGCUGAAAGGGCACAAGGACUGCGUCCGAAGUUGCCGUUUCUCCUGGGACAGUCAACGGCUGGCGACUGGUGAUGACAAUGGCGAGAUCAGACUGUGGAGUAUGCUGGAUGGAACCCUGCUGAAGGUGUGCUCCAGAGAAAGCAAGGACUCCAUGGAUUCUUUUCACGGUGGCUGGGUGACAGACCUGCACUUCUCUCCUGACAACAGAGUUCUUGUGUCUACUGGCGGAUACAUCAAGUGGUGGAGUGUGGAGAGGGGAGAGGCUUUGCAGACCUUCUAUACCAAUGGAGCAAAUCUGAAAAGAGUCCAUGUGUCACCGGACUUCCGCACCUUUGUUACCAUCGAUAACAUCGGGAUCCUUUACAUUCUCAAGAGGGUGGAUUGAGGAGCCUCUCAAAAUAACUUAAAUAAAGAUUACAGGGACCAUGUCAGUAUUCUGAGCUACUGACUGUGAUGGCAAUCACCUUCUGUUCCUGGAAAGAGAGAAGUGUCGGGUGUUUUUCUACAACUUUUUCUGGCGCUGUUAUGUUUUCACGUAAUGAACUGCAGGAAUUCUGCACCGUUAUGAAUUCUGUACCGUUCUGAAUUUGAUAUUUUUGGGUCUUGAAGAGGUGAAUGACUUUCUAGCAAAUUCUCUGUGUUUUUUG